AUGGAUAAACUGGCAGUGCUAGAAAAACUAGAGCCUGGAACUGAGCUGAUAGUUGGCUCACAUAAGGUGACAGUGAUCCAAUUUAUUUCGGAGGGAGGCUUUGCCCACAUCUAUAAAGUCCGAGUAUCCCCUUCAGAGCACAACUCUGAUAUUGCAUGUCUGAAAAGAGUUAUCGUUCCAGAUAAGGAUGGCCUUCAUCAGUUGCGAUCAGAAGUUGAUGUCAUGAAAAGAUUGAGUGGCUGUAGUCAGGUCGUUCGUUACUAUGACUCGCACGCUUCACAUUUGCCCGGUUCUGCUCAAAGCUAUGAGGUACUUGUCCUGAUGGAACUCUGCGAGAAUAAGUCAUUGCUAGAUUAUAUGAACAGUCACUUAGAAACCAAGCUUACAGAACCCAAAAUCUUGAAAAUUAUGCUGGACAUCUGUCUGGGAGUUCUUUACAUGCAUCAAUUAAAGCUCAUACACAGGGAUAUCAAGAUUGAAAACGUGCUCAUUGAUUCCAAGUAUAACUUCAAGUUAUGUGACUUUGGAAGCACUUGCCCAGUUCUAAGAGCCCCAAAGACCUUCCAAGAAUUCCAUUACUUAUCUCACGAUAUACUGCGUCAGACAACUCCUCAGUAUCGUUCGCCAGAGAUGGUAGAUUUAUAUAAAGGCUUGCCGAUCAACGAGAAGAGCGACAUUUGGGCACUGGGGAUAUUCUUGUACAAGUUGUGUUACUACACCACUCCUUUUGAAAAGACUGGAGAACUGGCGAUUUUACAUUCUGCUUACCAAUUCCCACAUGAGUCACGUUAUUCUUCCAAACUAAAGAGGCUCAUCGUGAUUAUGCUGCAGGAAGAUCCCGCAUUGCGACCUAAUAGCUAUCAAUUGACUAGCUUAGUAAUUCAACUGCUGGGAACUUAUAGUGAUAUCAAAUUGGAUAGAGUGUUUGAUUUUUAUCAAGAAGGAGAAUACGAUUUUAAGAAGCUUUUGGAGAACUUGCAACCACCUAUCAGUCACCCACUGAAGGAAAUAUAUGAAUCACAGCUUGCAUUCCUUCAGGAUGACGUUGCCCGAAUCAAUGUUCAAGAAGAAGUCUCUAAAUCGGUGGUCAACCUGACGAACCAGCAACAUUUACUGAAGGCGGAUAAUUUAGAAAAGAAUAUCACUGGCCUUAGCGUUUCCAGUGUAGAGGUUGAUCUGGAUAAGGUUGAGGAACGGUUCCCACAUUUGGACCUGACAACAAAAACAAGUGAAGCUGACGGCAGUGUCGACCUCAGCAGCUCAGAGACAACGCCAGCUCCUGUCCAGGAUGAAAAAGCCAAUAAGUAUAUGGUCUAUCAAGAAAAAAUCAGCUCCAACGCACCACUCACACCUGCGGAAGCAAAUGAGUUUCUUGCAUUGAACGCAUAUAUGGAGAAGCUGGCAUUGCAAAAUUAUGAAACCAAGAUCAAGCCUCUCCAACUGACUAUGGAACAAUUCAAUGAAUACAAGAGACUUGAAGCCAAGAAGGAUUUGACUCCUGCGGAGCUUCAAAUACUUUCGGUGCAUCGUUCACGUUUGAGCCAACAGGAUGAACUGUUCAAACAACUGCAAUAUCAACAGAUGGUAGCUCAAAAAUUGACACAACAAGUCCAUCAAUCAUUGAUCACCCCUCCUGUUGCGGUAGCUUCUAAUGCUCCAACUGGCACCGCAACUUUUCCAACUCGUCCUCUUAAGCAAGAGGUAAUUCCUCUAUCAUCGGGAGAGACAGGGACUAGCUCGUUUACACGUGUCGCCGAUGGCAGUCUUAUUGAUUUGGAGGAUGGGAUGGAAGAAUAUUCCGAUAAUCAGAAGCCUACAACUGCCAACAUGAAACCCUACUCCUUUUCUGCGGAAGAUUUACAAACCAAGGACUUGGCUUUAGAUGAUACUGGAGAACCUGGACUAAAGGAGGGCUGA